CUGAAAUCAAUAAAGAUAUAUUUAAAAAAUAAUAAUAAUAAUAAUAAAAUAAAAGAUUCAGUCCAUUUUAAUUAAGUUUGAAAAUCCAGGUGACAGAGCUAGAAUACCAUUAAUUAUGUGGUACACCCCCUGGGUAUAAAUGGCAUAGAUUUAGUCCCUUUUAGUCCAAUACAGAAUGUUUCAGUCUCAUUUAAGCAAAUUAGGUUAUUUUGAAUAAUUUAGUUUAAAAACUGACACAUCUAACAAGAAGCCUAAUCCUUUUCCCAAGUCUAACUGAAGAUUUUUUUAAGAGAAAAGAAAUCCCAGGAAAUAGAAUUCAGUAUAUUUUUAUAAGUCAGUCAACAGUGCCAUUGCAAUAAGAAAUCACAUAAUUCUUUGAUGAAAGUACUUGUGCAUACCUUUAAGAGUUGUAUUAUUUUGUGGCCACUUUGGGGGCAGUCUUCAAGUGAUUUAAGUAUUGGGGUCUGUUUCUGGUGUAGACAUCGUAUCUGACAGCUGUUCAGCAGUGUGUCUUUAAGCACCCCGACUUCAGUGGCCCUGCGCCCCAAGUGGUCACUGGCAUUUGCCAAUGGACACGCCCUUGGAGCUGGUGCCCCAGCAGCAGGAAUGGUUUGAAGUGAACUAGUCUUUCCUCAGAGCAGCCAGAGAGAUGAGGUUUUCUGGGGCAUUUGACAAAGAUUGAGUCUCGCUGUGGUCAUAGAACCAGCUAUUGCGGCCGCUUGAGAGACCACACCCACACCUUGGUCAUUGUUCAGUCAGCACUCAGGCAGGAACUGCAGGGGAAACUGUUUCCUCCAGAGUCCAUCCAGUAGUGUAUUUCUUCCAGCACUCGGCAUGUUUUCUGUACCCCAUGGGCUUUUACCCCUAGAGAUUGAUGUCCAAGGUCUUCGUGUUGAUAGUGUCAGAAAUCUCAGUUUCUGACCAACAGUGUCUCAAUAGGUAAUGGCAUUGUCAUUAUCAGCAGUGGUGACUUUAUCCAGACAAUGGAGUAGAACUUGUACUGUCUGUAAUGUCAUUUUGUAAGAAGCCAACAAAAAUUACUUCAUAAAAAUUACAAUGUGUCUGUUAAUAUUAUGUAACAAUCAGAUUUAUUUUAAAAGUUAAUAUUAGGCAUGCAUUAUACAUUAGGCAACAGUCUCCUAGGACCAGAUUUUUGUUUACAAUAUUAAUUUUCCAAAUUUCUACCCUACAUCCUUACAUUAAGACAACCAGUCUAGAUAAAUCCUGGUGUACCAGGGACCAGGCAUUACACUUCAGAAAAACCAUAAAUUCACACAUGCUGUCAGCUCUGGGCUUCAGAACCGCUGACAUCAUCUCAACUGUUGAAUUUAAUUACUCUGGAGAUCUUCUUGCAACAGGAGACAAGGGUGGCAGAGUUGUUAUUUUUCAGCGGGAACAAGAGAAUAAAAGCCGCCCUCAUUCUAGGGGGGAAUAUAAUGUUUACAGUACCUUUCAAAGUCAUGAACCAGAGUUUGACUAUUUGAAAAGUCUAGAAAUUGAGGAAAAAAUUAAUAAAAUUAGGUGGUUACCACAACAGAAUGCUGCUCAUUUUCUACUCUCUACAAAUGAUAAAACUAUUAAAUUAUGGAAAAUAAGUGAACGGGAUAAAAGAGCAGAAGGUUAUAACUUGAAAGAUGAAGAUGGACGACUUCGAGACCCAUUUAGAAUUACAGCACUGCGGGUCCCAAUAUUGAAGCCCAUGGACCUCAUGGUAGAAGCAAGUCCGCGACGAAUUUUUGCAAAUGCUCACACAUACCAUAUAAAUUCCAUUUCCGUAAACAGUGAUCAUGAAACGUAUCUUUCUGCAGAUGACCUGAGAAUUAACCUGUGGCAUUUAGAGAUCACAGAUAGAAGCUUUAACAUCGUGGACAUCAAGCCCACGAACAUGGAGGAGCUGACAGAGGUGAUCACUGCGGCUGAGUUCCACCCUCACCAGUGCAACGUGUUUGUGUACAGCAGCAGCAAGGGGACCAUCCGGCUGUGCGACAUGCGCUCCUCGGCCCUGUGCGACCGACACUCUAAGUUUUUUGAAGAACCUGAAGACCCCAGCAGUAGAUCUUUCUUCUCAGAAAUAAUUUCUUCCAUCUCCGAUGUGAAAUUCAGCCAUAGUGGUCGGUACAUGAUGACCCGAGACUACCUGUCGGUGAAGGUCUGGGAUCUCAACAUGGAAAGCCGGCCCGUGGAGACCCACCAGGUCCAUGAGUACCUUCGAAGCAAGCUGUGUUCUCUGUACGAAAAUGACUGCAUCUUCGACAAGUUUGAGUGCUGCUGGAAUGGUCCAGACAGUGCGAUCAUGACGGGGUCCUACAACAACUUCUUCAGGAUGUUUGACAGAAAUAGUCGGAGGGACGUGACCCUGGAAGCUUCCAGAGAGAACAGCAAGCCUCGAGCCAGUCUGAAGCCUCGGAGGGUGUGUCCAGGCGGGAAGCGGAAGAAGGACGAGAUCAGUGUGGACAGUCUGGACUUCAAUAAGAAGAUUCUGCACACGGCCUGGCACCCCACCGACAACAUUAUUGCCGUGGCUGCCACCAACAACCUGUACAUAUUCCAGGACAAAGCCAACUAGGACGCUUGCACAGGUGUCAUCCUGCACAGCUAGGCCCGGCGCUUUCUGUUGGGGUGGGCUGUCCGCUCUGUGGAGCACAGGGGUGCACGCCGUGUUUCCUUCCUAGACUGGAGCCCGUGUACACGGGGUCAGGGGGCCCGUGGGGGUCACUGCGCAAGCGAAGAACUGCAUCAGUUGGUGCAGACUGAUGGACAGAGCUCAAUAAAGGCCAUUACAAUAAAUGUAUUUAUUUAAA